CUAUGUCUGAAGUCCUAGAAAGUGAUACUGUCAGCAGCCUUCAAAGAAUAGACAAGAAUUUUUACCAUAAAUCCCUGUACCAACUGUGAUAUCUCCUACAACUAAGAGUCACCCAUUUCUUGCAGAACAAGCCCUUUGAUGACACCCAGUUUCGGAAUAACUUCGUCAGGCUGUAUAAAUAAGAUUGAGGACAUGCCUGAAUUUGUGUACUGAUUUACCGACCUAGCAAGAGUCUUCAGCUGCUUCGAUGAUAAUAACACAUUUUAAAAGAAUAAAUAGAGCACAAACUAAUAACCAAGUUGGUGAGAGGCUAAGCACAAGUGGUUACAGUAUUAAGAAUACUCUAGAUUUUGAAAAUAAUAGUGCUAAUAAUCAGAGUUGUAUGAAUCCUUCAACUACUAUCCAUACCAAAGGGAACCAAAAUUCCCAGUGGGCUAGCUCUAGCGAUGGAAAAUCGAAGAAUACUUCAGUUCCAUCAAUUGCUAAGAGACAGAUCCCUGUUAUCUUCAAGCCGAACAUUCUCAGAGUGUCUGAGGAAAGGAAGAAGAGACUCUCUUCUCAGAACCGUGAGGAGAAGAGGCUUCCUAAAACUGCCAAUGGAAGUCAGAUGACUUCAAGAUUAAAGACUUAUGAAAACAGAUUGUUCCAAAAUUUGAAAAAUGAAGAAAUCAAGAAUAAUAAAUAAGAUCAGAAGCCUUAAGGAUCAACUAAAUGAGAAUUAUAAGGAGGCUAAACGAAAGUCUAUCACUUCUUCCCACCAGAACCCUUCUGGGACGUCUGGGUCUAAGAGGAGAAAUAAAAGAAACUUAGAUAUGAAUCUGGUAGGCCCAAGAAACCGUCCCAAAAAGAAUAACUAUGUCCCUGAGAUUCAGAUCAAAGUUGGAGUUCAGAACAAUCAUUACAGCUUUUUCAAUACAAUUAAUGAAAGUGAUGAGGACGAUGACAAAUAUGUCACUGUGAAUGUGAUCAAUAAUAAAUACAAGUUCAAGCCCUCUUCUAAGGGAUAUAAUCUAGUUCCACCGAAAACAACUAAGGGAAAGAAUCCGAGAGGGUUUCCUAGUGUCAGCAGCUUAAAGAAACCCGCUCAGAAUCUUUACAAGAGGCAUAACUUAGAACCCCCGAUCGAUCUGAGAUCUACAAGCAGGAGGUACAGAGAGAUGUUACAAACAAGACUCAACAAGAGUAAGUCCUCUCGUGAUAAGUCAAAUUUAAGAAAUAGAAGUUAAGAUAAU